UUGUUUCCUACAUCUGAUCUCAUGAGGUAUUCUGUCUUUAACUAAGUGGUGCUCAACACUGCAGAGGAAGCACACAACACACCAUCAUCGAAUCUUGAUCGUUGUACAGAACAAAAUAUUUCUCACUGUUUUGUUUUGUCAAAUGUUAAAGCAAACUUACCUUGAGACAAAAUUCAUGCCUGUUUGUGUCACUUCAUGCAAACUUGUAUCUUGGUUUAACAAAUUCAAAGUCUUUGCAAAGCAUCACAAUUAUGUCUUUGGUGCAGAGAUCAAUGUGACUGAUUAGGAUGAAUUAGGUUGGAAGGUGAGAUUGAGAUUUAACAGGGUUGUGUUUUGCUCUUUGUAGUGGUGUGCAUAUCAUGGACGGACAAGACACCAUAUCCAUGUUUCCAUCUAUGUCAACCCCAGAAAGGUUAUGCUGACUGGAUUAUGCUUUACUCAAUGAAAUAUGUUAUUUAUCAUAUUCAUUGUGUCAAAAUUUGCUAUUGUUAUGUAACAAUCAGUCAAAAUGUCAAAUGUUUUUUCUAUUUUCCAUCUGUUCAUGAACAUAAUCCAGGCAGCAAUUACCAAAACAAUGAUUGGCGAAACAAUUUAAUAAUAGAUAAACAUGAAUUUGCAUGGAUACAUUCAUGUGUUCAGGGAGGUGUGAAAAGUGAAUGUUGACAUCUUCUUCUUUAAUUUUCUAUAUUCUCUUUUGCUCACAUAAUGCAUUUUCCUGUUUUGUAAAAGAAAGCAAAUAAUAUUUGUAUAAAUAUAAAAAAUGAACUACUCUAAACUCAAGGUAACACUCGCUACCCUAUGCCAAAGCUCAAUUACCUGUAGUUGGAAAUAAAGAAAAUACAAAAGCACAUUUGCCUAGAAAAGCGCUAUUUAAAUACAAAACCAUUUACCAUUUACCAUUUACCAUUUACCAUUUACCAUUUACCAUUUACCAUUUACCAUUUUCAUUUAUGUUCUAUUUCUAUUUCUAUUUUUAACUUAAUGUUUUGAACCUUUCUUAGGACAGGAAAUAUACACAUACAAUUUUACCCACUCAAAUGUUUCUGUGCAGAAAAUAUUCAUGUACUUUUUUGUAGAAAUACACAGAUACUUUGUAUCAGUACAGGGCUGUGGUGUUGCUCAUACUGACCACAUAGUGUCAGCAGAGGUCUUCAUGUUCCACACCUGCAGUGUUUGUAGUGGUCAGUGUGAGCAGUCUUUUGUCCUCUGAAAAAAUCUCAGGACAGAUUUCACUUAUGUUGACCGGAAAAAAAUGAAAUUCAAAGUAAAUCAAAUCCUUCCAAACAUUUUAGUCACGAUUUAGCACAAAAUACCUGAAAAAGUAGAAAAUCUACUUAAUCUACUUAAUCUUACUUUAGUGUGGCAAAUUAAAAAAAGCUUAAAUAAAAUGCUGAAUUGCUUCAAUGUUCAUGUUUGUUUUCUUUUAACUGCUUGAGAUAUCAUGGCCCGAAUACUCAUUUUUAUUUACUUGUUUUUGUGUUUUAAAUAUUUUGAAUACUUAUAUUUUAACAUGAUUAACAAGUUCUAAUACAAUGAAUAUGUCUCAAUUGUUGUUCAGCAGCAAAUAUUUUAGUAGUAAUCAAAGUGACCAAGGAGGAUGACUGAGAUUUAAACCAGUUAACGAAGCCUUACUGGCUGAAGAAUGUCUGUACUUCAUUCCUCCUCAUAAAAACAUAAUCAAUAUCAAAUGGAGCUUAUUGACCAGAGAUGGACACAGCUCAGUCACACAGAAGGUGAGCAGCAUCAGUUUAACUUUUCAAUGGUUUUUGUAAUUUGCUCAGAAUGAACUGAAACAACUCUGAUUUCAAAUCAGCAACAAAUAAGGUGCUUUACCUUAUUUUAGGAGAAUUCAAUGUGUUUUGAAAUCUCUUUAUCUAUUAUGACUACAUGUUUAAUAUUGAGAUUGGUUGCUUAUCACGUCAGCUUGAACCUUCUCACUGUAGUUUAAUAUCUUCAUUUUCAUAAGAAUGAAUGACAUUUUGGGAAAAUAUCAAUCAAUUACUGAGAUGAAGUGUUGCUCACCUAAAAGAGUCAAUGGCAAACUUAUUUGCUGCAUUCAACCUUCUCAACAGUUUGUUGAAAUUUUCCCAAUUGGAAAUAUUUUUUAAAACUGUCAGAGAUUCAUAUCUGUGGCAUUGAACCAUUAAUGACAACCUCAAUGACAAUAAACAACUUAUGUAAAGUCUUAAUAUUCUAACCUGCUAAUUAUGCUCAAUAAUCAUUGAUCAUCAGGUUUAUAAAAAGACCAAUGAAGGCUUUGCCUCAGGAAGUUUGCCUCAGGAAGUUGAGCAGCUGUUUCAAAUUCAAUUGGGCCAAACAACAACAUACAUUGUCUCAAGUUGUGUGUUAUGGCUAGGUGUCCCAAACAGUUUUCUGACUCAUAAAUGUGGUUAAAGAGGUACACUGUAUCAGUAAUUAGAGUGUUGUUAUACAAAUGAACAUUUUGAAAGUAUAGAGAUUAUAAAUAUGGAAUAUUUAACAAUGAUGGUUGUUUUUAGGUUGACUAUCAAUGACUAUCUUCUUCAUUAGGUCUGGUCUUUCUUGACUCUGUUGCAGGUCUCCUCCUGCCCUGCUGUCAGCCUGACCCCCUCACUGAAGACUGCUGACCCAGCAUCAGAGAUUGUAAAUUUGAUUUACAAGGUCAAAGGAUGAAGGUAUUUGUUGCGCCCCUCAUGGACGUGGUUAGGCUCAGAGUUCCACGUGGCCAUAUUGAGAAACCUCUGAUCACCCACCUAAGCCCAUAUAUACCCCCCUAAGAAAUGUUCAUCUUUUAGUCUGUGAUUACCUGACAGGCUCCUAGUCCUCCAGACAGCCUCUGCUGCCCUCCUCAUCGUCACUUUGUAGGUGAGAAACUUUUACUUUGUGGAUUUAGUGGCUAAAGGGAUUGAGGGAUACUUAGUAGAAAAGAUGAUGAUGGAUUUGUACAAGAACCUUUAAACUUUUUGUAGAAUUUAAACAAUGUUCAAUGACUGAGUUUGUUUAUAACACUCAGUUUAUAUUCAAGUAAUAAUUAACAUCUUGUUUACAAGGUAUUCUAUCAUGGGAUAUUUCCCCAAAUCCAAUUAGAAUAUUUAAUAUUAAUUCAAAAUGUGAAAAUAUUGCAUACGUAGUCAAUCUGAUCCAAGUUUGGGAUUCAAUUUAUAGAAAAAUAGCUAGAAACAAAUCAUACUCACUAAAUAUUCCACAUAAACAUCCCAAAAAGACUUGAAUAAGAUCAGAUAAGAAAGAAAGUCCUCUGUUAGUCCCACAAUGGGGAACUUUGUUAUUUAUAGGAAAGUGUGUUAACUAAAAGCACUUUUUGUUUAUUUUGUUGUGGCCUACCAGCCUGAUAAUUGACACUUGUAGAUUCUUAUUGCUUCCCCUCUUCCAUGUUACUGCUCAUAAACAAAUCAUCGUAAACGUCAUUGUUGACAUUUGACUCUGAGCCAGGAUUAACUCUGACCUGAUGCCUCAGGAUUCGAGAAUGAUUCCUGAAAGUUUCUAUUUUUAUCACAGAGAAAUUGUCAGAGACACACAAGUAACCCAGAACAAAACAUUUAUUCAUAAAAUAAAUACAAAGUUACGAGCAAUAACAUUAUGUUUUACAAAACAUUCAGACGAUUCAGAAAAUUCUGCAUACAUUAAAAAAGAUUCCAAGUACAAUUUCAAAAUAACUUAAUUAUAUGUUUUGCUGGAAAGUGUGACAGUGUGUAAAUGUAAAUUGUCUGAGUAAUUCUCAAAACCUUUAGUUUCUUAUUUUUGUUUAACAGUUUAAAACUAAUUUUUUAAGAUUCUGUCUGUGAGUCAAGUCCAUAAAAACUGAAAGUGCUGAUGUUAUAUUUUGCUGCAAUUGAGCUGCAAACAAAACAGGUGUAGUUUUCCUCCUGUAUAUCAAAGAGUCACUUUUGCGACUUCAGGGUCAAAGGUCGAAGGUCUGACCCUGAUGUAAACUGACGUGUGUCACUAACUACAGAACCUUCUUCCUAUUAAGUGCAGAUCUGAAUAAAUCAAUUGAAUGGACGUUUCUAAACCAGCAGCUGUGUUUUGUUUAAAUGUGUUUAAACCGAAAUAUGUGUGAAGUGUUCAGAGUCAGUCAAACAUCCUAUAUUCUUAUUUGUCGAAUAAUGUCUUUUGGUUUUGCCAGAUUUUUUGCCUUAGUCUGAAACCAAAAAGAAGCCAAGAUGUCUGAUGGAAAGAAGAUGACAUCAAGCCGCAGGCAUCAUCUUAAGAGUUUGAUGCUGCAGAUCGCUGCUCGCUGGCUGGAGCAGGAAACUACUGAUCUUGCAGCCGCCAAAGAAGCUUACAUGGCAGAGAAUUGCCCCGCCCCCAACUUGAGUGGAGACCAAGCAGCUCUGUUGGAAUUCUGCAAAAAGCUGUACCAGUCCCUGGACAAGAUCGAUGAGGACAGAUACGACAACGAGGCCAAAGUUGCAAAGGCAGACAAGGAGAUCGAGGAGCUGAAGCUCAAGGUGGUGGAGCUGGCUGGAGUGAAGAAACCCGCCUUGAAGAAGGUGCGUAUGUCUGCUGACUCCAUGCUGCAGGCUCUGCUGGGAGGAAAACACAAGGUGACCAUGGACCUGAGGUCCAACCUGAAGCAGGUCAAGAAGGAGGUCAAAGAGGAGGGUGGGGAGGCGGUCGGCGAUUGGCGUAAAAACAUUGAGGACAAAGCUGACAGGAAGAAGAUGUUCGAGACCUCUUAAAGACUUUCAAUUUCAACUUUCUGUUUUCACUGCUUCUGAGCUGCGACAUCAUGUACCACUGUUACACCUGACCUUUUUCAUUGAUUUGGAAAAUCUUGUGCAAUUAAAUUCCUUUUUUUUGGAAUAUGGCAA